AUGCCGUAUCUCCGUGAAGGUCUUACAAAGAGCAUCCAGCUCAGCAUGACCUCUUUCUCCAAACAUCCUCUUAUUCUUUGGUCAUCUUUAGAGGAUCCGGAUCAGUCUGUGCUGCCCAGUCUCCAGUACCAUCAGCACUUCCAGCUAACAUGUUUUGCUUGUGUGUGUGAGAAAAGCCCAGAUUCCCAGGAUGGAGAAAAUGAAGUUCCAUCUGAAGAUGCCCUAAUACUACAGCUGCACCUUGCAAAAGGGCAUGAGAAAUUUACUGAAAUGCUAAAAAGCCAACAGCAGAUCAUUGUCGAUUUGCAGCAAAAACUUGCUGAACAGCAGCACAUAUUGGUUAGCCAGCAACGGGAGAUUCUUGAACAGCAAAGAAAAAUGUAUGAGCAAAUGGAUCUGAUCAAAGUCCAGUAUGGCAUGCUUUUUGAUACGGUAAAACAAAUGUCAUUUCAGAGUUUGCAAGAAGAUAUUCAAAAUUACUUUGAAAGUCAUCUUCAAGGACUUCAGAACCAAGACAGAGAUGAAUGCACUGAAUCUCCAAGCAUUUGUGGUGAGAGGAUAAAAUGCCUGAAUACUCCGGGAGGUUUCCGAUGCCUUGGAAUUGCUGAGAAAGAUGCAGCUUUGGGAAUGUGUGGAGAGGAGUAUUUCUUUAAUAAGGAAAUGAAGGAAUGCCAAGCGUGUUUAAAAUGUGAAGAUGGAAUGGUGGCCAUGCCUUGUUCCACUGUCAGUGAUACGGUUUGUUCAGCAACCAGUGAAAACAAGCUCUCAGAGUCUUGGGCUGCAGACAUCAUUCUACCCUCUGUAAAGUCUGGCAUCUCUCAGGUCUACUCUGGCUUGAACUUGAAGAUAAAGGCAAAGCUUCCCUGUGAAAUCCUAUCCAUUGAAGAUAACAGCCUGGUAUUCAGGCAACAUGGUCUGUUGUGGACUGACCUAAAUUUUGCAGUAAAGCACAACUGCAGGAAUUUUUUGCAACUUUCCUUAAAGCUAAACGGCAGUGAGGAAGGCUAUGAACUGAGCGGUGUUCGCAUUGAACAGCCAGAAGGAAAGUGGGACCUCAGCGUCCACUGCAGGAGGAAGGUGCACUAUGCCACCUCCCCCAGGAAGGGCAGCUUUAUUGGCCCGGUCUCGGGGAAUCCUCUUCACAGGCACUGCGCAGAGGCGGUGUCCUGGUUUCUUUGA